CCUCUUGCGCCAAUGGAGAAGGGAGGCGGGGAGUGAAGGAGGCGGGGGCCGAAGCAGCCGGGCCAGGGAGACGCCAGCCCUCCGAGCGGGUCGGAUCUGCUGCCGGGAUCCGCACACGCUUGUCUCUCCCGAGUGAUGCUCGUCUAAGCGAGGGCGAUGUCUGCGUAUCUGAAGCAUUUCACGGUGGUGGGGGACGAUCCUGCGCAGUGGAGCAAUGACUACAAGAAGUGGGAGAAAGAAGAGAUGGAGGAGGAAAGCGAAGGGAAGUCGACCGAAUCGGUCAUCAAGAUGGACCCGGCUCCACGGCCCCCCACUUUUCGGGAGGUGAUGAGGAAGCUGUUCCAGUCGCACAAGUUUCAGAUCCUGAUUGUCUGUUUAGUGAUCCUGGAUGCCGUGCUGGUGCUGGCGGAGCUGCUUUUGGACUUGAAAAUCAUCCAUCCGGACAAACACGAGAUUGUGCCUGAGGUCUUCCACUACCUGAGCCUCUCCAUUCUGACCCUCUUCCUGGUGGAGGUGAGCUUCAAACUCUUUGCCUACCGCCUGGAGUUCUUCCACCAUAAGUUUGAAGUCCUGGACGCCAUCGUGGUCAUCAUUUCGUUCGUCCUCGACAUCGUGGUCCUGUUCCUGAAGCACGAUUUCGAAGCGUUUGGCCUGCUGAUCCUGCUGCGGUUGUGGCGGGUGGCCAGGAUCAUCAACGGAAUCAUCUUGUCGGUGAAGACGCGGUCCGAGCAGCAGGUGUCCAAGCUGAAGCAAGCGAACCUGCAGCUCACCACCAAGGUCCAGCAGCUGGAGAACAGCUGUGCAGAGAAGGAGCUGGAAAUCGAGAGGCUCGCCAACAUCCUGAAGCAACACGGCCUCGCCGGGCAGUCUCGGUAGGCGACCGAAUCCCGCCCGGCGGUCUGUUCCAGCCCCCGAGGAGCAAACCUCCUCCUCCCACAUUGCGAUCUUUUGAAGACGGCCUCUUUGUACAUUCGGAGUGCUUUGUCUGUAGGUGGAGCUGACCUUCUGGCUCCUGGAGACGUUUUUUGCCGUCGCAAAGGAGGCCUCUCCGGUCAGUCGGCAGCUGUAAAAAAGAAGGGCACGCUUAUGCAACCGUUCCCCCAACCUUUAAUUGUAUAGCUGUACAGUUAAAAGUGACAAAAUUAUUUAAUAAAGUCAAAUCCGUGUA